UCAUAUGGUGAGGUCGACUUGCAAACACGAUUCUAUAAUCCUUUGCUUGCGUCAAUGAUUGCGGUUAUAACUAAGAAAGUUAUAUUGCGCUGGCCCAAUAAAGUGGAGGAAAGUGCGCCACAAAUACGUCCUGACGCGAUCAUUUCCACUCUUUCCCAGCUUAAGUUUGGUAGGUCCUUGGGCUAUGGUGAAGUGAAA